AGAACGAAGAAAAAAACGACUGCUCGAGUGUUGACUUGCACGUUACGCUGCGUACUCCGAUUUUCACGCUAUAUUCCUUUGCUCUCGGCGUCUGUGCAGACUCGCGCGCCCACAUCUGAAGCAGCAAGUUUUUUUUUCGUAGUGUCACCGUCGCAUCUCUGCAGUGAGAAGGGAAACGAAAGAAGUAGGACAAGGAAACUAACAAUCGCAGCGAAACGCUCAUAAACACAUACACCGAAGGAAAGCAAAGAUGAACUCCUCUCCGCUUAACUCCCCCAUCAGCAACCAGGGCGGCGGUGGAGGCGGCGUCCGCGACAUCGGCACGGUGACCUCCGGCAUGGCCAUCAUGAACUUUGACCAGAAAACAAAACCUUACACCCGCGCUGAUCUCAUCGCGUUUCUCUCGAACUAUCAGAAGAACCUCAACGAGGAGGAGCUGCGCCUGGUGGAAAAGGGGAUGAUAGGCACCUUUGUGGGCAUGCCCGCCUUUUUCGCGGCAGGGUACGUCUUAAGUGGCCGGCUAGGCUGGCACCGCGUGGUGCGGGCGAUGGCGCCGCUGAAUCAAGGAGGCAAGCCGAGCUGGUUUGUGCAGCACCUCCCAAAGCUCGGUCGUACCGUCUUCGGGCUCGCCGCGGCAACGAUUCCGUACAUGCUGGUACAACAGUGGUUUGUCUCUCGCGUGCUGGAGAUGGAUGAGCACAGCAGCAACUUAUCGUUUCACGUGCGACGCUUGAUGCUGUCGCAGCGCUCGGGAAUGAUGUUCAAGCGAACAGCCACGCGUGAAGUCACGCGCGAGGAGCAGCAGCGUCUGAUGCGUGAGGCAGAGGCCCACGUGAACGAGAACCGCAGUGGUCAGCGCGUGAGCCAAGGCCUCGGGUCUGGACCGGUUGACGUGAACCUUCAGCUUGGGCAGCAAGUCUUGACGCCUGUGGCGCAAACAGGUUACAAGCCGAUGCCCCCUCAGUAA